AAGCGUUCAAUGGGCACCUCCCACAGGUCCUUUUAUUCUAAACUAUACCAACCAAGCAAUGUCACAGAUCUUACCACUUGACAAGAAGCAACUACGUGCAUGUUUACUAUGCUCACUUAUAAAGAAUGCUUCACAAUUCCGAGCCAAUGGAUGUGAAAACUGUGACGACAUUUUACAAAUGAGAGGUAGCAUGGAUCGUGUCUUAGAAUGUACUAGCCCAAAGUUUGAAGGUUGCAUUACGUCCAUGCAGCCCGAACACAGUUGGGUAGCUAAAUGGCAGCGUAUCAACAAGUUUCACGAGGGUAUCUAUGCCAUUGUUGUUUACGGAAGGAUACCAGAUGAUGUGGAAGAUGAAUUGGACCGACGUGGAAUAACUUUCAAACCAAGAGACGGCAGUGUGAAAGAAUAAGUCGUUAGAUGAAAAGACUUACCUCUCAAUCUCAACUUCUCCUUCUAUCACACCCUUUCCAAUUUUUAUUGCUCUAUAUUAUAGAUGAACUUCAGCAUACAAUUUCAGUUGUUUUUAGUACCUAUGUCGCCC